AUGGAUGUUGAUGUCGUCCGGGAUGGCGCUGAAGCUCGUGAUGAGGACCUUCCAAUCACCUCUGCAACUAAUGUUGAUGAUAUGGAUGAUGAUAAAGAUGAAGAUCAAUUUGAUGCUAGCAAAGACGAUGACUCUUCCGACCUUCCUGACGUUGGUGAAGACCUUAGUGAUGAUGAUGAAGACAACGAUGAUGACGAAUUCACCAUACAAUACCAAGGACCUAUCCGUGCCAUGAAAGGCAUCGGUCUCAAGGAUUCGACAUCCCAGGGGGAGCAAGAGGAGAAAGAGAAGGAGACUCAAGAAAAGAACCAGAACACAAAGUCAAAACACAAGGAUGUUGCUGAAGAAGGAAACUUAUAG